UCAUCGGUGUUAUGUGACUGGAAACUCGCAGGUGAAUGUGUGUACACACAGAUGACGAACCACACACAAGCGCUUUGAAAUGGGAUGUUUCAUAGACUAAAGAUUACGACAAACGCGGCGGACAGCGGAAUUUAAAUCGGAUUUCUAUAUCAUAUCAAAAGCAUGUCCGCUUUUGUGGCCCAUCCCUCGGUUCGUGUCAGAGGAACAGAACACACAUACACACCUGUGCUGUGUCAGGAUGAGAAGUGUUUAGGGCAGGAAAAAGGAGUGCACAUGCACUGCCCGCUCUGUUCUGUGGCCGAGGCUUACCAAGAUCUCGUCAUCCUGCGAGCUCACUUCCGCAUCAAACACGUGGACAAAGGCAUUGACUUUGCAGGCUUGAAGGUGCUGCGCUGCUGUAUCCAUUGUGAGAUUGUGGGCACUAUUAAAGGAGAAAAACGGUUUAAAGGUGCACACUGGCACUGUUACCGCUGUAGAAAUGGUUUCAACAGGAGGGACGAGGCCAUCAAACACUAUAAAACACACUUCCGAAAUCCCCACACCACAUUCCAGAUCCAAGUCACACAGAAUGUGAACUGCCGACAGUAUUAUGGUGAGAGCUCAGAGGCUCAUGCUAAAGCCUAUGAAGGGCUGGCGGUUAGUCUUGGACUGGGUGGAGAUGGCACUAGCAUUGGAUCCAUCCUGACCACUGGCACUGAAACCCUACUGACUGUGGAGCCAAAGGAAGACGGUGAGAGAAAUGGAAUCCCAUUAGGUGCUGAGGAAGAGGUGGGGUCUUCCCAGAAUUCAUCUGAUGGGACUCAGACUCUUGUUCUUAUGGACCCUGAUGGACAGGGAAACAGUGUGAUCUAUGAUACAGCUACUGGUAUCCUCACUGAACAGGAGGCAGAAAGUUUGGAACAGACCCUGCUACAGAAACGACUCCUGGAGCUCCACCAGCAGAUCGACACACUACAUCAGGAGAAGGAGAGUAUGGAGAAGACACUACGAGCUGAGAUUAAACAGCUCAAAGAACAGGACUGGACGAUUAAUAGAAAAGAAAUUGAAACCGAAAUUCAGAACCUCUACCCGACGUAA